AUAUUCCCCCCUUUCAAAUUUUCAUUCUCAAAAUUUCUUUUAACCCUAAAAAUGAGAAACACAUACUUCUCUCUCCCUCAAUCUCUCUGGCAAUAACUCACGAGACUAAUCACAAAUCUCAAACCCUACAAUCGGCCCCCAGACAACUACACUUACCAUCUCAUCUCUAUAAUUCCACCUCCAUUACUCAACCACUCACUCUCGCACUCUCCGAACCCUAACUGCGAUUGUUGCAGAUGCCGCUCAUUCUUGGCGGUGAAUCAUUUUUUUGGGUAGAUUUGGGGCGCAAGAGAAAUGGGUUUGGGGGAUGAGGAGAAUGGAAAUGGGUUUGUUUCUGUUAAGGGGUUUUCGGAUGAUGAUUCGGCUAUUCGUGAGGCCAAGUCUUUUAAUGCUAUUCGAACUGCUUUCGAAAACCUCGAAGACAAGCUGGAGUUUCUCCAAGCAGAGGGGAUGGCACACACAUUCAAGCAGAGAAUCGCUCAAGCUGAAGCCAUGGCCCGUGCUGACAUGCUAAGAUUUUAGCCUGAGGCAUUGCUAUUAAACUUGUGUUUGUUUUAGGAUAGUUUAAGGUGCAUUCUACGAUAUGGACUACAGGAAACAGGUACAUUUACAUAUUUCACAGAAAUUCUACGAUAUGAACAAUUCUCAGAAAUUGAGUUUUAUGUGCUUUCAGUUAUAUUUCUGAGAAAUGUGUUAUAUCCACUUUUUCCAGACCAAUUCCGGUCUACCAAGCACUAUUGUUUUGAUUUGGGUUAUUCAGCUGUUCGAUACAACAUCUUCUAUCACCAGUGGGAUAUUAGGCUAGUACUGGUCCCUUAAAUAUUAAAUAUCAUAAGAUCAUAUACUUAUGUAGAAAUUGUUUAUUAAAAUCAGACUGUUUUUGUUGUUGUUGCUGACUUUAUAUGAUCCGAUGCAUUCUUGCUUUAAUACAAGCAGGAUAUAUCAAUUUUGACAUGAUUUUGUUAAGGAUGAUUUGUUAGUGUUGUAAUAACAGGGGUUUUAUUUAGCAAAAAAAGAGAAGAGGGUAGUUAUAGUUAUAGCUAAAGUUGGUUAAAAAGAGUGAAGGAUGGCUGGAGAGGGAAAGCUGGUUUGUGUAACAGGGGAAUCUCGAUAUAUAGCUUCAUGGCUUGUCAAGAUGUUGCUUCAACGUGAUUACACUGUCAAUGCAACUGAAUUAUCUCUCGGUUUGUUUCUCACUCUCUUUUUAUUUAUAUAUUUCUCUUCUUUUUGUGUUUCUUGCUAUGUUGAUUUACACUGCACGGGUCAAUUAUCUUGCUCAAUUUAGUCUUUUCUCUGAUGUUUAAGUUGAAAAUUAGAUACCCAUUUCUUUAUAUAUAGUCUCUUGGCUAGUUGUGAUUGCUAAUUUGAUUGAAAGUCAUAGCUUGAAGGGAGUAGGUUCAAGCUUGUGAACUUUAAGAUAUUGAUAGAGCUUUUGUUUUCUUCUCAACUUUAUUAUCACCUUUCAAAAACAUUGGCUGAACAAGCAGCUUUGAAGUUUGCAGAAGAGCACAAAUUGUCUUGGUGACACAGCGUCCAGGUUUCUUCUUCAUCCUCUCUAACAGCCUAUUUUAAAUGUCACUUCGGUUUGAAAAGGGUUAAUAUGAUACCUUAUACUAUACUACCAGGGUCCUGGUAUGGCCAGGGAUGACUUUGCCAGCCAACAGCUGGUCUUUGAAAUGUUGAUCCAAUGCUUAAAAGACUGAUGGCCCGCUAAAUUAUCUCUGUCAAUACCCAUAUUACUAAAGCUCUGAUUCGAUCCGAUGUAUGAUCCGAUGCCUUCUUGCUUUAAUACAAGCAGGACACAGAAGGAAACUGCAUUCGAUUGCAUAUUCAGAAUUCUCAGAAUCACUACGAGGAUGGGAGAUUGCCUUCUUGAAAAAACUGCAUUAAAUGACGACGAGGAAAGUGGUAAAGUGUUGCUGAUGCUGGGGAAGUUCAGUUUAUCAUCCAGAAUCUUUUUGAUCGCUAUGUGGGUUACGUCUUGGAUUCCUUAAAUAAUUAUAUUUAUUAAUUAGCUAUUAAUAUUUUGUUCAGCGCUCCCAUAUCUUCCAGACGAUCACCAUCCCGUCAGAGUCCCUUCUUAAUGAAUUGUGUACUGUUGAGGAUAGUUCAUGUAAAAUAGUUAAAUUCACAGGUACAUGGGAAAUUAGUAUAAUAUGUUCUCUGUACCUAUUUAUUUAUCGUUCGCGUUGAUUGGUAUUUUUCUUAUUCAUUUCUAAGCCAUGAUUAACAUGAAGUAUAUGUCUUUUACAGGCCGCCAAAGAGUUUGGAGUUUGGAUUUUUGCCGAUGGCUGACUAGAUUAUUGACUAGAUUAUUUUAGUUUGGAGUUUUUGGAUAACUUUAGAUUUUGGUAGUUUGGGCUUUUUUGGUAUAUUGGUUGUAUAUGAUUGAAUGUUGGAUAUUGGUAUUGCGGUUUCUAUGAAUGAAUAUGAAUA